AUGGUACAUGCUUCCAUUCCUUUUUCUGAUCUUUUAAUUCAAAUGCCUCAAUUUGCAAAAUUUGUGAAGGAAAUUAAAGAUCAACAUGAUGAUAAGGAAGUGAUAAAUGACAAAUGCUAUACUCUUUUACGUGAUAGCCUACCACCAAAGCUGCAUGAUCCUGGUAGUUUUACUAUUCCCUGUAUGAUAAACGAAAUAUAUUUAGAUAUGGUUUUGUGUGAUUUAGGUGCUAGUGUUAAUUUAAUGCCUUAUUCAUUAUAUGAAAAAUUAGGUUUGCAAAAUCUUAAACCUUCCCCUAUUUCUCUUCAAAUGGCUGAUAGGACUGCUAGACUCCCUCAGGGUGUGGUUGAAGAUGUAUUAGUUAAGGUUGGUGAACUUUUUUUUCCUGUUGAUUUUGUUGUUAUGGAUAUGAAAGAAGACCAUAAGAUCCCAAUUAUAUUUGGUCAUCCAUUCCUUGCUACAAGUCAAGCUCUAAUAGAUGUUCCUAAAAGACAAGUGACCAUUAGUGCCCAGGAUAAAUAA